ACACAGGCAGGCGAGUGGCCCCUAGUUCCGGAAGCAGAGCGGCAGUGCCCCAGUCCUGGUGCCCCAGCCCCGACCCUUGCCUGCCUGUCCAGUGCCAGGAUGGCCACCAUCACCUGCACCCGCUUCACAGAAGAGUAUCAGCUCUUCGAGGAACUGGGAAAGGGAGCCUUCUCAGUCGUGCGCAGGUGUGUGAAGGUGCUGGCUGGCCAGGAGUAUGCUGCUAAGAUCAUCAACACCAAGAAGCUCUCAGCCAGAGACCAUCAGAAGCUGGAACGUGAAGCCCGCAUCUGCCGCCUGCUGAAGCACCCCAACAUCGUUCGACUGCAUGACAGUAUCUCCGAGGAGGGACAUCAUUACCUGAUCUUCGACCUGGUCACUGGUGGGGAGCUGUUUGAAGACAUUGUGGCCCGGGAGUACUACAGUGAGGCUGAUGCCAGUCACUGUAUCCAGCAGAUCCUGGAGGCUGUGCUGCACUGCCACCAGAUGGGGGUGGUGCACCGGGACCUGAAGCCGGAGAACCUGUUGCUGGCCUCCAAGCUCAAGGGUGCUGCGGUGAAGCUGGCCGACUUUGGCCUGGCCAUAGAGGUGGAGGGGGAGCAGCAGGCAUGGUUUGGGUUUGCAGGGACACCUGGAUACCUCUCCCCAGAAGUGCUGCGGAAGGAUCCAUACGGGAAGCCUGUGGACCUGUGGGCCUGCGGGGUCAUCCUGUACAUCCUGUUGGUUGGAUACCCCCCAUUCUGGGAUGAGGACCAGCACCGCCUGUACCAGCAGAUCAAAGCCGGCGCCUAUGAUUUCCCAUCACCAGAAUGGGACACUGUCACCCCAGAAGCCAAGGAUCUGAUCAAUAAGAUGCUGACCAUCAACCCGUCCAAACGCAUCACAGCGGCAGAGGCCCUCAAGCACCCCUGGAUCUCGCACCGGUCCACUGUGGCCUCCUGCAUGCACAGACAGGAGACCGUGGACUGCCUGAAGAAGUUCAAUGCCAGGAGGAAACUGAAGGGAGCCAUCCUUACCACGAUGCUGGCCACCAGGAACUUCUCUGGAGGGAAGAGUGGAGGGAACAAGAAGAACGAUGGUGUGAAGAAAAGAAAGUCCAGUUCCAGCGUUCAGUUAAUGGAAUCUUCAGAGAGCACCAACACCACCAUCGAAGAUGAAGACACCAAAGUGCGGAAACAGGAAAUUAUAAAAGUGACAGAGCAGCUGAUUGAAGCCAUAAGCAAUGGAGAUUUUGAGUCCUACACGAAGAUGUGUGACCCUGGAAUGACAGCCUUCGAACCUGAGGCCCUGGGGAACCUGGUCGAGGGCCUGGACUUCCAUCGAUUCUAUUUUGAAAACCUGUGGUCCCGGAACAGCAAGCCUGUGCACACCACCAUCCUGAACCCCCACAUCCACCUGAUGGGGGACGAGUCGGCCUGCAUUGCCUACAUCCGAAUCACGCAGUACCUGGAUGCAGGCGGCAUUCCCCGCACCGCCCAGUCAGAGGAGACCCGCGUCUGGCACCGCAGGGAUGGCAAAUGGCAGAUUGUCCACUUCCACAGAUCCGGGGCACCCUCUGUCCUCCCCCAUUGAAGGACCAGGCUGGGAUCGCUGUGUUGCUGUGUCGCAGGGAUCCUCUCCUUGUUCGUGGAAUAUGCUGCUGGUUCUCCCACUUGGAUCUUGCUGGAAUUCUCCCCAUCACGUUUCCCACCACUACCACUGUCAAUUCUGCGCCUGCAUCGAAAAAACCUGCUGUUCACAAAGCCAUCACGACUUCAGAGCACAUGUCCAGGCCUCCCAACCCCAGCUCUCGCUCUCCGCUCUCCCUCUGCCAGGGCGGGGCUUCCUCAGGCCCCGGUGUCCGGGGUGCUGGCCCCAGGGACCCCCAACCGCCCCUAGCUGUUGUUGGCCUAGUCUGCCCUUGGCUGAAGGCAGAAAUGCCCCAGCUGUGUGUUCAGGGAGAAGGAGGGGUGUGUGCUGAGGAUAUCUCCUCUUUUGGGGUCCCUGGGGAAGGGCCAAUGAACACCCCAAGUCUCCAGAGCCAAACUUCCCGGUGGGAGAGGGUAAGAGAGGAGCAGAUGCUAGGAGCACCCCCUUCCUCAAACUGCUUCCUGAUUCCCUCCCCUCACGGUGGUCUGCAGACCUGACCCCUCAGUGUGGGCAGCCCCACACCUCAGGUGUCCCCACUUGCUGCCUUCCUCCUUUUGGAGAAGUUCACCUCCAACGCUAACCCACCACUAGCCCUCCCAUCAUCCCUAGAGAAUUCUGGCUUCGUCCUGUCUGAGAGGGGAUCUGGUUGUGUUUCAGGGUCAAAAGAAAACAACGUUUGGGUAUCACUUCUA